GCAUUUCGCGUUGAGUCGUGUUUAGAGCGAUCGUUGGCUAAGACCCGUGGGCAAAGUCGGUCAUUUCUCUGACACUCUGUCUAUGUACGAGAAUCCACUACUAGGAGGCAUCGUUGACGGCAACAUCAAGAAACGAAAUCAACUACGAAAGCACGGAACACUUGAUUGCACCGUAGGACACCAAAAGAAACUCACAUGAUCGACCGAGCAAAAGUCAAUUCCAAGGUCGUAAGUCUAAGUAGCAGAAGAUAAUAUCGGAUGAGAGAAAUCGAUCUAACGAAUAACUCGGUUCGACGCGAUACGUGGGACGUGAAAAAUAAAAAACGAGAUGAAAAUUGUGCCGACCUCUCGUGGAACUGGAACAGAUGAUAAAGAUACAACAACAAACCUCUCAACAAUGAAUCUGAUUCCGCAAGAAAGAGAAAAACGAAAUCACAUCAACUCACCUUUCCGUACGCACCUGCAGGACCCUCUUACUUUCAGUACAUUACCCCAGGCCUCCCAUUCUGAACAUGUAAACAACUACCCGCAGGCUGUGCUAAGCUUGAUGAUUGUGGGAAAAUGUUAUGGACUCCACUACAACUGUAGCUGCGUUUUUUUUUGCCGAGGAGCUACGGAGACCGGCGCACUAGCAAUUAUUUCUCGACUUAACCGUGUAGAAAAAGUAAAAGAGUACUUUAUUUGA